AUGUCUCGGAAACGUCCCAUCGCUAGCGCUAAGCGCACACGCACUGCGCGGACCUUUGAUGAGGUACCGAAGAAAUCAAAGGUGGUGCUGCUGUCUUGUGGGUCUUUCAACCCAGUGACAAAUAUGCACCUGCGCAUGUUUGAACUGGCAAGAGAUCACCUGGAGGACACGGGACGGUAUGAAGUGGUGAAGGGGAUCCUGUCACCAGUGGGCGAUGGCUACAAGAAGAUAGGCCUGAUCGAGGCCAGCCAUCGGGUGGAAAUGGCCAAGCUGGCGGUAGAGAGCUCCAGCUGGAUUGAGGUGGACAGCUGGGAGAGCAGGCAGGCCGACUGGCAAGAGACAGUCAAAGUGCUACGGCAUCAACAACAGGAACUGCUCUCCCAGGAACCGGACACUGAUGUGGUAGGCACUGCAAAACCUGGCAGGAAAAGAAAACGCAUGGAUGCCAGCAGUGCCACCAAGAGGAGGAAGCUCGAAGAGCCUGAUAUUGCACCUAAAAAAACAGGUAAUAAUUGGAGCUUCCCCUUACACAGUCCCUUUGCCUUCUUACUGCAUUAUGCCACUCCCCUCGAUGGUGUUGAAAUUAUCGGAACACUUGAAUGUGAGCCGCGCGUGAUGCUACUCUGCGGUGCUGAUGUGCUGGAAUCAUUCGGUGUGCCGGGGCUGUGGAAGCCUCAGCACAUCGAGGAGAUUGCCAGCACAUUUGGACUGGUGUGCAUCACCCGCGGCGGAUCGGAUGCGGAAGCCUUCAUACAGGGCUCCGACCUCCUCUUGCCACACCGCAGCAACAUCCACGUGGUGCAGGAGUGGGUGGCCAACGAUGUGUCGGCCACUCGCAUCCGCCAUAGGCUGCGGUGUGGCCACAGUGUCCGCUACCUUCUGCCCGACCCGGUGCUCGGCUACAUUCAGGAGCGGCAGCUGUACAAUGCGGAGAGUGAGCAGAGGAACGAAGGGGUUGUGCUGGCUCCUCUCCAGAAAUGUGCAAGAACGCAGGAGUAAGCACAACCCCCCUCUGCCACUCUGCCCUCCUGUAGCCUCGUCAACUUGCCAUUUCCAUCUUCCCAUUGGUUUGGAAUCCCCUUAAUGCAUCACCAAGAGGAGGAAGCUUGAGGAGGCAGAGAUUGCACCCAAGGGGCCACCUCAAAAAACAGACGAGCCGCGGUUGACGCUGCUGUUUGACGCUGACGUGCUGGACUCUUUCGGGGAGCCUGGGCUGUGGAAGCCCCAGGACACCGUGGAGAUCAUCAGCAGCUACAGACUGGUGGCUCCGACCUCCUCUGGCCACACUGCCGCAACAUCCACAUGUUGUGCGAGUGGGUGACUGACAACGUGUCCGGUACCUGCUGCUCGACUCGGUGCUGAGCUACACCCAGGAUCGGCGGCUCUACACUGCUGAGAGUGAGCAGAGGAAUGCUGGCAUUGUAUUGGCUUCUCUGCAGAAACACGCAGGGAACCUAACUGACUUGAACAUUGACUUGAACAAAUGUCCCCAGUCAGUAGAUGUUGAAUGCAUUCUAAGUAAAUAAAGGCUUUAAUCGUCAAGUUUAAAGAAUAAA